GUCCGCCUAAGAUACAUUAGUUGGGAACGCGUCGACCGCCGGCUUCUUCCACUUUUCACGCAUCGCAUCGCGGACAUCUCAGCUGCAUCACAUGUCCUCCCAUCCCGCCCUUAUACCCGUCCUCUCUUCUCUACUCACGACCGCUGUCACGAUUUCAUGCACCUUUCUUCCCCACGGCUGCCGCCGCCCAAUUCCCUACUCUUGCGUGUAAACAAAUCUUAUUCCCCUCGGACGCUUUUCUUGAAGAAAGCAUUUCCCUUCUCACAACUCCCGUCUCUAGUCCUUACUUCUCUUCCUCGUUGCAGCUUCGUACUGCACUUCUUCUUCUCCUUUUUCCUCUUCUCCUCCUCCCCUCGGUUGUCGUAUCUGGCGCCUCGCGUUUCAAGAUAAUGCUGGAGAAAUCCCCCUAACUUCCAAUUGGUUGCGCGGGGACGGUGGUGCAUCUCGCAUCGCCGGGCUACUUUCACACAAUCCUCUCUUUUUCCUCUGAAGCAGAAGGCCGCGACACCGUGGCGAGCUGCGCCCAUGUCCCCCUUCAGAUAUGGCAACCAUCACCCCGUACAAACGCGACUUACCUUUUAUUCACCGUGCCUGGAAGACGGCCGUCGAUCACUUGUCCCCAUACAGCAUGGGCAUCAAGUUGUCGUCGGCAAACGGUGACAAUGUCGUCAACGGCGACCACGUCCCUCGUGCUAUCAAAAGGCGUCGCAUAACUGACUCGCCAGAGUCGGCCCCGAACGGCGCCGUAGGUCGCUUGCUGCCGGAGAAUCCUGAUGAUUUCGAGAAGGCCCUUCGGGUCCACAUUCUCCAGAUCAUCCACAAGGAUAGCUCUAGAGCCACGAGCCUGUCCAACGAGACGGGGUCGCCUAGCAUCAAGGAGAUUCCCGCGAUUCGGGUCCGCUGCAAGCUUAGCAUUUUCCGAUGGAGAGCGAACAAGGAAAUCCGCGUUCUCCAUUGCGACAGUCAAGUCUGCAGCCUCAGAGUCAUCCGAGACGUCGAUGAGACGGGUAGCCGAGCCAGGAUUGACCUGAACUCGCCGUUCCACAUCCCCGCGGAAAACAUCUAUGUCGAGCGGGACGACGAGCGCGGCUUUUCCUUGGACGACCACUACUUGGUCCAGGCCGAGUUGGAAUCGGCUGGUGAUCCCAACUGGCCGCCGGCCGACCUCCUGCCCAAGGAAAUCGCCAGUGACAUCCUCUCAAGCCGGCCGCAGCACUGGGUUUUUUCCUCGCAGUUCGUCUACCGGCUUAAGAAACAUCGGACCGGCGUCCCGAUAAAAAUCAGGAAACGGGUCGGUGAGGAGACGCCGCUCGAUCUGCUGAUGGACAUGGAUUUGAGGUGGUCGACGGGCCAUGCGGCAGGAUGUGUCCCUGAAAUAGAGACCGUUCCGCCGGAUGUCAAACCAACAGAUACGAACGGAACUUUGGAGCCACUGACAAACGAGAGCAUCAAUGGAAGGAUGGAGAGCGCCCCGAACGGCGCCCCGAGAGAUGACCAGGACACGCUGAUGGACGAGGAUGAGGACCAUGAAGAGGCGGCUACUCCGAGUCGUCUGUUGAGAACGAGGGAGAAGCAGAACUAUAAUCUAAAGCUGCUAAGUGAUAAAGCCCGCGGUAAGGAGCGCAAGGAGCGCAAACAGCGUAAGUUGGCAGAUUCCAGAGGCCAAUCUGGGCAAGUUACUUGGAUUCCCCCCAACACUGGGGAUGUCGUAUUGAGAAAUUAUCAAUGCAUUAGAUGCUAUGCCCUCCACUCGUCCAUCAGCCAGCUAGUAUCACACAUCAAGGUUCACCCUGAGUUCAAGUUUGAUGUUGAUGCAAACACCUCCCGUAUCUGGAUCAUCCCCCAUGACCAGGAAACCCCUCGCCGGUCAGGGUCGUCUUUGCUCGAGACGCCGAGCUCGGGGGAGGAGGAUAGCGAUCUAGGGGAUAGUGUAUUCCCCCAGAACGCCCAAAGAACACUGACGAGACCCAAGUCUUCGCAGCCAUCAUUCUCGAGCAAGCCGAGAGACACUAGGCAGCUGGUUCCCAACAUCAAGCAGCCUAUGUAUGAUCGGCUCAGCAAGGCGCUGCUCGAGCCCGGCUCGUUCGUAGACCCGCCGGAUAUCGACGAUACUUGGCUGGUACAAAAGCACAGAGAUAUCAUUCGCGACUACAGCGACGUCCACCAGGACGAGAAAGAGUAUAUCUCGGAAUGGGACGCCUAUGUGAACAAGGAAUGCGUCACCUCGGAGCCUCACUUGCAAGACGUCUAUCUCAAAUUCGUCCAGGUUAAAGCAUCGUGGUUGCUUGGGUCUACAAGCCGCAUGACCGAGUUCUCAAAGCAUUUAAGCUACCUCAAGGCGAGAAACGCGCUAGCCGACUCGACAAUUUCCGAGGCCCUCGCAACCUUGCGACAGGCGAGGUUGAUAAAACGUCCAGAGCAACCCGAAGCUACAAAACCACCAUCUCCGAGGACCGAGUACCGCAAGUCGUCUUCCGGAUGUGCCGUCUGCGGUCAACCGAUCCGAGGGCCGUUGACCUUAAUCUGUGCAAACCUGGACUGCGAUAAGCCACUCUACCACGUCGAGUGCGUUCGUGAGGAGGCCAAGGUACCAGUACAGAAUCGCAAGUGGCGCUGCAAUAGCUGUUGCUGCACCUAAGCCUAACGCCAGGACAAAUAUUGUGACGAGUCCAACCUACAUCGGCCAGUGCUCAGAAUCGGGUGACGCAGCACGAUCGAUUCAAGCAUUGAUGUAUAGGAAACGGAGACAGGACUUAUAAAUGGUAAUCAUUACGAGGCCCAGCUCGCCGGUAACCCUAACUUGUUAGCAGCGGACUCCGAAGGCACUUGCAAACCUCUCUAAGCUCUUAGCAUUCUUGGAGCGCUCUCCUGCAAAGGUUCACGGAGCACCUCACAACACAUUGCGUAAUGGACACAUCAACAUGGAAUGAAUAAAAAUAUCGAAGAUUCCCAUGAUCUCCUGCCUGACCUUUUUAUGCCCAAGCUCGUAAAAUAAGCACCCGCCAAUCCCGCAGUCAACUGACACGGCCGGUCACAUGGCAGUGAUGAUUGUCUCAAUAUAACCUCUAUUUUCCCGAACGAAAUGUAUACCCUCUAAACGCAUUUAUAUUUCUAUCAUAAUCUCUCAUGAUUGACAGUAUUCCUUGAACGCGGGCAGCAGUCUAUACAAUUCCUGAACUGUGGCUGAGACCGAC